ACCGAAAUUUCCUUCACGCCAACCUAGCCCAACAUCUCAUCCCAAAAGCCACCGCCUCACCUCCGCAUCUGUACGGUGUAAUCGUCGACCACAACCAUAGGUCCAUAGCCAUUGGCACUCGCAUCUGCGUCAACCGAUCGUCGUUUUUCAUCUUCGUUUGUCAUCACUUGCACCCUCUGUUGGCCGGUCGCAACCAUUAACUCACAGACCGAUCGCCAUUGUGUUGUCCUCACCGACAACCGGUCAUCAUAUACUUUCGGCAUCUCCGACGACUUCCAGCACCUUUACUACCCCCAAUCGUCAACUAAGUUUUCAUAGGUUGUUUUCAUCUGAACAGCAGAUCCAAUGGCUUCCUCUCUGGUGGCUUCUCAAGCCACAAUUCUACAAACGCCUCUGUAUUGUUAUCACUGUCGCAAUCUCUGCCCGAUCGUUCUUUCUUCUCAAAACCACCUUCCACGCCCUCGAAUUCCCAUUCUCACCACCAGAGUUUCCAACUUGCUUCCUAGGGUUUCCGCCUCUUCGCGUAUUCUCUGCAAAGACUCGCUGACCGCCGAGUCGCCACUCACAGGGUCAACACGCUCAGCCGCAACACUUCUCGUGCUCGCAAUCGCAAUCUCAAAAGUUGUAGCCCACAACCUUGGUUUGCAUCUGAAUGGAUUCCGGUGGGGGGCUCCGGUGUGCUCUGCAGGGACCGCGUUUUUCGCCGCCGCAAAAAGCUCCACUGUUGCUGUGAACACGCCGCUCACGGUGAUCGCUGCUGGGAUGGGUAAAUGGCUUGAUAUAUAUAGCGGUGUUUUGAUGAUUAGGGUUUUGCUCAGUUGGUUCCCGAAUAUACCAUGGGAAAGACAGCCACUGUCCGCUAUCAGAGAUCUUUGUGAUCCAUAUUUGAAUCUCUUCAGGAAUAUAAUCCCCCCUAUUUUUGAUACUCUGGAUGUUAGUCCUCUUCUUGCUUUUGCAGUGUUGGGUACACUUGGUUCCAUCCUCUCAGGUACCAAAGUUUUCUGAAGCAAAAUGAUGAAGAAACAUAAAGUGUGCUUGAAAUCUGUAGACCGUAAAAGUUGCUGUAGUGUCCUUAAACUUUAUUAUUGAUUUCUGCAGUUUUUUGGACAUUGUGUAAUGUUUCUUAGCCAGUAGCAUCAAGAAUGGGUACUUUUGUGUUCAAUUGAUUUAUUUUUUGCACUGGCAGUUUGUAGCCACAAAUGUUAAGAAAAUGCUGCAUAUAUAUUACCCAUAUGGCCAUAUAUCAAUUGGAAAAGCAUUCUGUACAUAACUAUAGUUAAGGGUAUACUCUGCAGAAUUAGCAAAAAUGGUUGAAUGCUAUUGUUAUUUUAUUCAA